AUGACAGAAGAGAAAAGGCAAAACUUACAGAAGUCAGGAUUGGUUGAAUGGUCGGUAUUCAGCGAAUUGAUUGCUAUGGACGAAGAUGAAGAAGGCUUCUCCAAAUCGUUAUUUCAGACUUUUGUUGAUCAAUUCAUCGAAACAUUUAAAGAAAUUGAUGAUAAUAUAAAGGAAAAGAACUUGGAUAAGUUGUCGAGUUUGGGCCAUUACUUGAAGGGGUCAGCUGCUGCGUUGGGAUUGAUCAAAAUCAGUAGUCAAUGUGAACGAAUUCAAAAUUAUGGACAUAAGAAUAAUUUUGAUAAUUUUGAAUUGAAAAAGGAAGAAGAUAAGAAAUUGAAGGAUACCGAUGAUGAUUUUUGGAUUAAAUUGAUUGAAGAUGCUUUAGAGAAUGCCAGAGAUGGUUUUGAAAAAUCAAAAUCGGCUUUAAAUGAUUACUUUGAUGAUGAAUUAUAA